AUAACGGAAAUAGGAGGGGGACCGAUAUGGAGUAAAGCAGCACCGGGAAUGGAAACACGGUGAGGGAAGGGGAUUAUCAUGGCGGACCCAGAGGUGUCAACACAGAGCGGGGGCUAUGAUGUGGAGCUGUUUGUGGACACUCCAGACUACGAUCUGAUCUGCACCAUUUGCCAGGGGGUCCUCAGGUGUCCAGUAAGAGCUGCAUGCCACCACAUCUUCUGCAAGAAAUGCAUCCUACAGUGGCUGAAGAGACAGGAGACCUGCCCCUGCUGUAGAAAGCCAGUGAACCCAAGCUUGAUCUUUGUCAUGUUCAAGCUGAGCAAAUCUAUUGGACGCAUGAAGAUCAAGUGUAAGAAUGAGAUCCGUGGUUGUGCAGAGACCUUCCCCCUCUCAGAGCAGUACUGCCACAGCAUGAGCUGUCUGUACGAGCUCAUCCCCUGCCCGUACCAGGGCUGUCGCGCACAGCUCCUCCGCAGGGACCUGGACACCCACGCACGCCACUGUGACCACUGGCGCCAGCCCUGCCACAUGGGUUGUGGCACGAUACUCUCCCACCGCACCGAGGCUCAACACAACUGCUACAAGCAGCUGAGGCAGGAGUACGAAGCCAGGCAGAGGAACCACAGGGCCAUCGCCACUGCCCUGCAGAGGAAGAUGAGGAGGAUGCAGAGCACCAUGGCCCACAUGAAGAGACAGAUAGGGCUGAUCUGUGAGAGCCUGGAGGUGAUGGACGACCUGCACGAGGUGGAGGAGGAGGACGCCGGAGAGAGCAGCGGCAGCUCCGGUGGGACUCCAAGUAGCAACAACAGCAACUGCUGAGGGACAAGUUAGUUGCUGCUGCUGGUUGGCUACUGCUGUGUAUAAUUUCUGCACGUGUUCAUUUCUUUGAAGGUGUGUGUUUGAAGAUGUAGGUAGGUACGGUAACAGUCGAAAGUUUGGACACACCUUCCAAUUUUGUGCUGUUGUUUCAUCUAUUUUGUAAAUAAAGUAUAUAACAUUACACUGUAGGUUGUUUUCAUUCAUCAUUUAAGAGGAGAGUGGAGACUGUGCUU